AGCUCUAUGCGCUGGUGUCAUCAGAAGCAGACGGGCUGAUGUCAUAGCCCAGUGUCAGAAAGAUGGCGCAAGCCGGGUUAGGGGAGCUGUCUGCUGCCUGGAAUACUCUGAGCCUGGGCCUGGUGCCCGCAGCUGCCCUGGGGCUGAUGGCCCCCCGGUCUGGCUGCACGGAGUCCGUUAGAGAAGCGGAUCUUAAAGGGGCCGUGGAGGUGUUGCGCGCGUACGGACUGCACUCCGUGCUGGAGGACUGGUUCACCGAGGUCCUGCAGACCGAUCUCCAGAGGAACAUCGCCCCGGAGUUCUGGAACGGCAUCCACCAGCACGAGAACGCGGUGGAGGAGCAGCAGUGCGUGUCGCUGCUACUGGACACCUUCCGCCUCCUGGCCUCACGCCUCGAGCCGUACCUGAGGAGCCUUGAGCUGCUGGGCAGAUGGACGGACGCCGGGCUGCUCGUGGGGUCCGACUCCCAGAGCCUGAGGGACAAAGUGUUCACAAUGUUCAAGGCCAUUCUCUUCUUUUCUACGUCCAAGAACUUCCAGGCGAUGAUCCAGCAGUUCUACAGCCGCACGUUUAAGAUCUACAUGAGACAGAAGAAACGGGCGAGCGACAGCGUAAGCGACUGCGACAGCAGCAUGAACGAGAACGAGAGGGACAGCGACUCGGAGGAGCCGGCGGCGGACGACGCGCUCUGCGCCGGAUGCGACGGCUGUAAGGACGCGUGCUGGUGUCAGAGCGCCGUGGAGCAGUUUCAGCAGCUCAGUGAAAUUUUCCACCGGCUGAAUCUGCUCGAGAGGGUCUGCUCCGAGGCCGUCACCACCAUCCUUCACAAGAUGAUCGAGGAGCGGAUGGAGAAGAGAUGCCGGGGGGAGUACGAGAGAUCCUUCCUCAAUGAGUUUCAGGAGUGGAUAGAGAAGGUGAUUGGCUGGCUGAGUAAGGUGUUCCUGCAGGAUGGCCGAGCCCCGCCGUCGGCACCGGAGUCCGGCAGCACGUUGAGGCGAUGGCGGUGCCACGUGCAGCGAUUCUUCUACCGGCUCUAUGCCAGCAUGCGCAUCGAAGAGCUCUUCAGCAUCAUCCGAGAUUUUCCUGACUCAAAGUCGGCGAUUGAAGAUUUAAAAUUCUGCUUGGAAAGGACCAAUCAGAGGCAGCAGCUCUUAACGUCCCUGAAGGGCUCGCUGGAGACCAGACUACUUCACCCCGGAGUGAACACGUCUGACAUCAUCACUCUGUACAUAUCCGCGAUUAAGGCUCUCAGAGAGCUGGACCCAUCCAUGGUGAUACUGGAGGUGGCCUGCGAGCCCAUCAGGAAGUACCUGAGGACGAGGGAGGACACCGUCCGGCAGAUUGUUGCCGGUUUAACUGGCGAUGCCGAAGGUUCUGGCGACUUGGCCAACGAGCUAUCUAAAGCCGACCCCGUGGUUCUGGAGAACGGUCACGAGAGCGAUGAUGAUGUUUCGGAGCCGGAGGACUGGGUGCCAGACCCGGUGGAGGCCGAUCCAGGUAACAGCUGCUCUAAGCGCCGAUCCUCGGACAUCAUCAGCCUCCUGGUCAGUAUAUACGGCAGCAAAGAGCUGUUUAUCAACGAGUACCGCACGCUGCUGGCCGACCGCCUCCUGCACCAGUUCAGCUACAGCUCCGAGAGGGAAAUCCGUAAUGUGGAGCUGUUGAAGCUGCGUUUCGGAGAGGCCCAGAUGCAUUACUGUGAGGUCAUGCUGAAGGACAUGGCUGAUUCUCGGAGGAUCAAUGCCAACAUCCGCGAUGAGGAGGAGAAGCUGCCGGAGGAGGAGAAGCCUCCCUUUAACCUGGUGGCCGUCAUCCUGUCCAGCGAGUUUUGGCCGGCGCUGAAGGAGGAGAAACUGGAGCUGCCCGGCGAGAUUAAAGACGCCAUGGAUGCGUACACCAAGAAAUACGAGAAGCUCAAGGCCAUGCGAACCCUUAACUGGAAGCACCACCUGGGACUGGUGAACCUGGACGUGGAGUUAGCCGACCGGACGCUGUCGUUCUCCGUGUCUCCCGUGCACGCAGCCAUAAUCCUGAACUUCCAGAAUAAAAGCACCUGGACUCUGGAGGAGCUGAGUGAAGUUCUGAAGGUUCCGGUAACUUCUCUGCGGAAGAAGAUGACCCUGUGGCUUCAGCAAGGCGUCCUGCGAGAGGAUCCUCCGGGGACGUUCACGGUGAUCGAGGAGGAGCAGAAAGACCGCAGCGACAGAGUGGUUCUAGUAGACAGCGAUGAGGAGGGGGACUCUGCCAUGGCUUCCCAGGCGGACCAGAAGGAAGAGGAGCUGCAGUUGUUCUGGACUUAUAUUCAGGCCAUGCUGACCAACUUGGAGAGUCUGCCUCUGGAACGCAUCCACAGCAUGCUGAAGAUGUUUGUGAUGACCGGCCCGGUGGUGACGGAGAUCGAUAUUCAGGAGCUGCAGGGCUUCCUCCAGAAGAAAGUCAGCGAUCAGCAGCUGGUGUAUUCCGGAGGAGUCUACAGACUGCCCAAGAACGCCAGCUAAUGCCUCCGAGACUCUGCCCCGAGACUCUGCCCCGGACACGUGCGCCCCCCGCAGGCCAGCGGGUAACCGCCUGCGCACAGGGGCUCCCGUCUUCACCUGAUUCGGGGGUGGCUAUUACUGCGAUGGCCAGACGGACGGUGGGCUUGUGGGACUUUGAAUUCCGCAUCUUUAUUGCUGUGUUUCGCAGACAGUCGCUCGCCGGGCCGUGGAUGUAAAUACUGAAUCUUUUUAUAAAAUAAAUGUCUGUUGUGUGAA